AUGUCAGGGACUGGCCCAAGAGAAAACAUAUUCCCAACGCGGAUGGCGUUGACGAACACGAAGCUCCGGCUGAAGGGCGCGCAGACCGGUCAUUCUCUCUUGGCGAAGAAGCGAGACGCGCUCACAACACGAUUCAGGGCAAUCCUGAAGAAGGUCGACGAGGCGAAACGGAAGAUGGGCAGGGUGAUGCAACUAGCAUCAUUCUCGAUGGCGGAAGUCACCUAUGCAACCGGAGAUAUAUCAUACCUCGUCCAGGAGCAAGCAAAAUCAGCGACAUUCAAGGUGAAGGCAAGACAGGAUAAUGUUUCCGGUGUUAUCCUGCCCGCCUUUGACGUGGAUAGGGUGCCCGGUUCAGACUUCAACUUGACUGGUCUUGGCAGAGGUGGUCAGAAGGUUCUUAAAGCGAAGGAGGUGUACGCGAAAGCGGUUGAAACUCUCGUCGAAUUAGCAUCGCUCCAAACAGCAUUCACCAUCCUUGACGAGGUUAUUCGCGCUACGAACCGACGAGUGAACGCAAUCGAGCACGUCGUCAUACCAAAAUUAGACAACACGAUCAAGUACAUCAUGAGCGAAUUGGACGAAAUGGAUCGCGAGGAGUUCUUCCGGUUGAAGAAAGUGCAGGGGAAAAAGAAGCGUGACGCCGAGGCAGAGGCAGCGAGGAAGGCACUCGAGGGCGAGGAGGAUGGAGGACGGGGCAACAUCGACCCAGGGAGCAUCGAACAGCUCAAACUUGGGGAAGAUGCGCCGUCAGACUUGCUCAACGCGAAGGACGAAGAUGUCAUCUUCUAA